AUUUAACAAAAGAAAGUCCCAAAGAGCGAACAGAACAGAAGAUAUAAGCUUUGUGUAUCCUUCGAGCUUCCGAGUGAUCCUUAAACUAUCACCAGGUUAGAAAGACUUUGAAAACAAUGUCAGGCUUUCCAGGUUUGAGUUUUCUAGGCCCAAAAAGCAAGAACGCGGUUGUAGCGGGAGGCUUGACUGCUUUUGUAUUUGGGGUAUAUUUCUACACAAUGAAGGCCGUUGGUGGCACGGACGAGCUUCAGAUGGCUAUAGACAAGUUUGAAGACCAGAAACAGGUUGAGACCGACCCCAAGGUUCCAUCAAAGGCCUGAUUAUCUUCACUUAGCUUGAUGAUAUGUUUUAUCUUUGUGUUCUAAAGUUAUUACUUCACGAGACUGGCUCGUUUCUGGAGCAUCUAUAUUUAAAGUCCAAUCCUUAAAUACAAUGGUUAAAGAAGAGAAUGUCUGAUUAGGACUUUGUUUUGAUGUUCUUGAUAUUGUGUUAACUUUUCAAAUUUACAAUAAUCUUGUACCUAAAUGCUUUGUUAUAA